GUUUUACAGAAUAAUAAAAACCAAUAAUUUAUUAGAUCAAUGCAUAUUAUUACAUGAAUGAAUGAAACACAAAAAAACCCAAAAGUAUAUCAUGUUUUUUUCACCGCAUAAAAGAAUUAAGAAUGUUACAUUGACAUUGCAUUUCGUGUGAGGCAAACUAGGAACAUCCUGCGAGGUCAAUAUGGUAAUUUCGGAUUGUCUAACCUAAAUGGUUCCGCCCAUACUAUUAAACCAUCUCUCCUUCCAAAAACAUGUAGCGAUUUAGGGCUUGUACCCUCGCCGCCAUGUAUACGAGCUUCAAGAAUUUUGUGGUCAUUCUUCCGUGUAAAUACUCUUGUCUGCUUGCAAGCAACUGAAUCAGCUUCUGCAUUGCAUUUCUUUUCACCUUUUUUAAAAAAAAUCUCCAUUCUCUACAAAUCAUAUAAUGGAAGUCGCCGAUUAUUGAAGAUGGAGGUUGGAAUCGAUGAUUUUGCGGUUGAUUUCAAUAUGUAUGUAUUGUUUUCGAUGGAUUUAGUUCGUGAAAUAUCGGCGAUGGUUUUUCCGACUCGGUCUGAAGUCUUUCAGCCGCGAUUUCCCUGUUUCAAAGCAUGAUUUUAGUUUUAUCAAUAUGAAAGCCUUUGCGAACUUAAAAGGCUCGGGCGGUAACAUAUGGAAAAUAUUUGAAGUUUUAGAUGAUGUCAGACAUGCCAUUUUCAGAGACACCGUAUUUUGUUAUUUUAUUGAUGUUUCUCGUUUACAAGGGGACGCAUUAUUGUUUCAUAAAAUGUUCCUUCAUCAGAUCCGGCCGGACCCUGUUUUAUCUCCAGAUGGAAUAAAACGAUUAUAUUUUCGAGUAGACAAUACGAAAAUGAUUUAUGGGCCGGAAGAGUUUUGUUUGAUUACCGGCUUCAAUUUUGGGGAGUAUCCAAAAAACAUUGGGAGAAAAGGGUCGGAAAAAUUAUUAAGCAGUAAAAAAAGAUGUUUAUUGCGUGAACGGCUAUUUCCGGACCAUACUAAUAGUUCGGUGAAAAUCGGCAACCUGAAACGUUUAAUUUUAAAUCGAACAAUCCUAGCACUUGACGACGUUGAUGCAGUUAGAGUAUGUUUGAUAUACAUUUUGUGUGAAGGUUUUUUGGGUAAAGAAGUUAAUGAUCGGAUGCCACAAGAUUGGUUUUUUUUGGCUGAGAAUUUGGAUCUCUGGAACAGCUUCGCUUGGGGAUACAUUUGAAGUCGAUGACAAUUUUGAAGUCGAUGACAAUUUUGCCACCAGCAACGUACAACUUGAAAGAAGGGUAUGUAGUUGUGGUAAAUGGCAAAAAAACGGUAUAUCAUGUGGCCACGCUAUAGCAUGUCUAAGAACCCGUACAUCUGAAUCCAUUCACGGAAUGGUUGAUUACAAGUUCACUAAUUAUGUGUAUCGAUUUGCAUAUGAAUCUGAGUUGGUGAAUACUAUACCAUCACAUGUGCAUUGGGAAAUACCAAAUGAAACGGUGGUCCUGUUACCUUCCUUAAUGUAGUAGUUAUUCAUGUAGCACCUUUAUUUUUUAUGUAGUAUUAUGUAUUAGUUGUUUAUGUCCCCCGUUUUUAUUUUAGUGUCGUGUUACGUAUUAGUUAUCCAUGUACCCAGUUUAUAUUUUAUGUCGUAUUAUGUAUUAGUUAUUUAUGUACCCCAUUUAUAUUU